AUGGCAGGACAAGUGUUUAGAAAGUUUCCUCAACUCUUUGACAGAGUAUUUGUUGAAAGGAUUGGCACCACAACUGUAACCAAAGGAGGCAUUAUGCUUCCAGAAAAAUCUCAAGGAAAAGUAUUGCAAGCAAAAGGAGUAGCUGUUGGAUCAGGUUCUAAAGGAAAGGAUGGAGAGAUUCAACCAGUUAGCAUGAGAGUUGGAGAUAAAUUUCUUCUCCUAGAAUAUGGAGGCACCAGAGUAGUUCUAGAUGACAAGGAUUAUUUCUUAUUUAGAGAUGGUGACAUUCUGACUGGGUGGUGA